AUGGCCGUUUCGGCUUUCAAAUCCAACUCCAAAAGGGGGAAUUUGGGAUCUUCUUCCAAUAACAAAUCUUCUUCUGCAAAAGAUUCAGAGUUGACUAAGAAAGUCCCCCUUCGUAGGUCGAGAAGUGUAAGUGCUGUGGGCAGAAAUUACCAAGACAAGGAAAUACCUUCUUCUUCUAACUCUAUCUCCACAAGCACUGUUGAUUUUCUGAAUAAGAGAGAUAAUCCAUUGUUCUACAGCAGCACCUUAUCACCACCAGAUGUUAUUGAAUCGGAAAACGUGAUUGGAAUCGUCAAAUUAGAUGAGCAAGCAUCCAGAUUAGGUGAAGCAGCGAGGAAAUCAGUGGGUACUGGUUUUGUUUCGGAUAGCAGAAGAGGACGAUCGGUUACGAGGCUUUCUGAUUAUGGGAAUCAGUCUUUGGCUACUCGAAGGGAAGUGGGUCGAAGUUUGUCAAGGGAGGAGAUGGGAAGACGCAGGCGAUCUGUUUCAAGAGGCCAUUAUGGGAACUCUGAGAAUGAAGUUGAAAAAGAAAAUAGUUUGUCUUCAGGUCUCAGAAAUAAGAAUAAUGAGAAAUUAGCUCCCAGCAUGGAAAAAAAAGCUACUGUAACCACAUGUGCUUCUGAAUUAUCAGAUCAGACGAGGAAUUUGCAUAGAUGGUCUAGUCAACAUCCUCUUUUGGAGCCUUCAGAUGGUUCAGUGAUUCCAAAUUUGGAAGAUGAGAUCUCUACAGGUUCUUUUUCAGAAGCUGAAGAGAAAACCAUCAGAGCAGUAUUUGAACAGAUGAAGUCUUUCCAGACUGAUCAGCAGGCAGAUGAUUCUGGUACUGUUGGAAUAUAUGAAACGGUUCGUUCUGAAGUAAGACGUGCAAUUUCUGAGAUUCAAAACGACCUCGAAAAUGUGAUUCGAAGGAAUUCUACUACUAUUGGAGCAGCCAAUUUUGUUGACAUCCCACCUGAAUCGGUUAACCCAGAUGCAAUUGAAUUAGUUUCUGACAUCAGAAAGGAAUAUGCCAGAAAGCUUGAGCUGUCCCAAGAACGAGCUAGGAAGCUUCGAGCAGAGCUGGCUAUGGAAGAGCAUCGUGGACAAGAACUUAAUCGAAUUCUGAAGGAGAUACUUCCGGAUCCGAAGUCAUCGGCUACACAGAAGCCUCAACCCAAAAGAAAAACCAGCAUUGAGCGGCGGAAAAUGUCCAAGCGUCUGACAGAAGAAGCCAUGAAUUAUUUUGAUGAAUGUGUAUCAAUAUCAACAUUUGAUAGUUCUGACUUCUCUUCACAAGAGGACCCACCUCUCAAUUCUGUUGCUGCUACUCCCUCUGUUGGUGACAGCAGAUUCUUGCCGUGUGGAAGUUCAAGUGCCUCAACUUCCCAUUGUUCUAAUGUUCAACUCAAUUGUAACAAGGACCCAGAUGGUCAAGUUUUCUACAACCCUUGCAAAGAGAGUAGUGUCUUAACAGCUGGCAGCUGCUGUAAAGAACUUGGUAAUGUUCAAAGAAGUCCAACAGAAAUCGAUGCUGAACAGGUCGGAAAUUUUCAGUUCUCCUUUUCGCAUGAACCAAUGAAAACCCAAGGACUUUUCGAUGAUAUUAGAAGUUAUAUAAAGAAAUUCGAAAAAGAAACUCAUAACAAUGAGAGGGACUGUCAGACAAGAUUAAGCUCUUAUGAUGCAGAUGACUACAAGUCACACUUCUUGGCUGAGAGCUUAUUGUUUGACAAGGUGAUCCUCAAGAACAAAAUACAGUCUGGUAGUCUUCUUCUCUGUGCUAGUGGUAUUGUAAUUUAAUUAUUGGGGUUUGGUUUCUGUGGAAGUACACUAUUUAAUUACGGAUCGUUCUAAUCAUGGAGGGUUGAAAUACUGAAUGUAUAUUAUUACAAUCUUCAGUUGCUUGUAAUUUAAGAGAGAAUCCAUUAAAGUACAAUUUAAAAUGUCAAAAUCUGAAUGCUGGAUUUCUGAGUCAUUUGUUUGUUGAGUUGGGGGCAUAGGGCAGAAUGAAGUUCUUCAUAGAA